AUGGCGAGGUCAGCCCAGGUCAGCCAGGCAAAAGCUGGCGUCGCAGAGGCCGUAGCCGCAGGGCAACAGGGCACACAGGCAGCAAGCACCAACCGAGCCUCCGACCGUAGCAUCACGGCCAUCGAAAGCCAAAACGAGCAAAGGACUGUCGUCGAGAUGAAGCGCUCAAUGCGCCAGAAGAGAGCUGCGCUGGAGUGGGCUUUCUCUCGAGGACGGUCGGAAGCUUCAAGGGCGGACUGUCAUGAGUGA